UGCCCUCUCCAGUUUUUCCAUUUCCUCAUAAAAAUCUUCUCUUUGCUAAAAAUUAUUCAAAUCUCAAAAGUUUUUUUCUCUUUCAUCUCGAUCCGACCAAACAGCAUGGAGUGUAGACCUUUAGAUCUGACGAUCAUAUCCGCGGAGGAUCUCAAAGACAUCCAACUGAUCGGCAAGCAAGACUUAUACGCCGUCGUUUCGAUCAACGGCGACGCGAGGACCAAGCAGAAGACGAAGGUUGACAAAGACUGCGGGACCAAACCGAAAUGGAAACAUCAGAUGAAGCUCACGGUCGACGACGCGGCGGCGCGUGAGAAUCGCCUCACGCUAGUCAUCGAGAUCGUGGCUGAUCGUCCCAUCGCCGGGGAUAAGCCCGUGGGAGAGGUUAGCGUUCCGGUGAAGGAGCUUUUGGAUCAGAACAAGGACGGCGGCGAGGAGGAGAAGACGGUGACGUACGCGGUGAGGCUGCCUAACGGUAAGGCGAAAGGGUCUCUCAAAUUCUCGUUUAAGUUUGGUGAGAAGUAUACUUACGGAUCCGCGAGUGCUCCUCACGCACCGGGUCCAUCGACUCUGGAUCAUAAGACUAUGGAUCAGCAGCCGGUUACUGCUUACCCGCCCGGUCAAGGUGCACCGUCUGCAUACCCGCCGGGUCCUUCCGGAUAUCCACCACCAGGACAUGAUGAUAAACACGGUGGUGCUUACGGUUACCCGCAGGCAGGUGGAUAUCCGCCACCUGGCGGACCCGGUGGGUAUCCUCCAGCUGGGCCAGGUGGGUAUCCGCCACCAGGUGCAUACCCGCAAGGUGGAUAUCCGCCUCCACAGCAAGGUGGAUACCCGGGUUAUCCACCACAAGGUCCUGGUUAUGGAUAUCCUGGUUAUCCACCACAGGGUCCGUACGGUUACCCGCAACAGCAAGCAGCUUAUGGUAAACCGCAGAAACCGAAGAAGCAUGGAGGAGCGGGUAUGGGUCUAGGACUUGGGCUUGGAGCUGGGUUGUUGGGUGGGUUGCUUGUUGGUGAAGCGAUUGAUGACAUGGCUGAUAUGGGUGACAUGGGUGGCGACUUUGACUUCUGAUUUCUCGUUUGUUCUAUGUAUGUGUUUUUAACUUUUGCAAUCUCUUAGGUAACUGCUGCACUGGUUUGAUCAUGUAAGAGAUCAAGUUCUGUCUUGUCUUUAUUUGUUUAGUUUGCCUUUGUCCUAAUGAAAGACAUGAUGAAGUUGUUUUUGUGUGUAAUAAUAAUAAUUUGCAUCA